UCAGGGAAAUCCAGGCUUCCUCGUCAUCUAUAUAACGCCUGGCUGUUUUCUUUUGUAAAAAAAGACAAGAAGUAGACGAGAAGUUAAGUGUUUUUGUCGCCGUAUGCCUUUACUGGAAAGACAAGGGGAUGACUAAAGCCUUCCAAGAAACAGGACCUUUCAGCUAAAAUGGCAUUAACUGCAGUUGGGUUCCAUCGUCUAGUGCCGAGGCUCAAGAGAUAUGCCUGUCUACUUCACAAGCUUGGCAGCAACUCAGUACAAAGGUGCUCCCAGUCAACAGAAGCCACCUUCUCCUCUGAGCAUGAUUACGUCAUUUGUGGAGCAGGUUCUGCAGGGUGUGUCCUAGCCAAUAGGCUCUCAGCAGACCCUGAUAGUAAGGUUCUUCUUCUUGAAGCUGGUCCUAAGGAUAGAACAUGGAAAAUCCAUAUGCCUGCUGCUCUGAUUUACAACCUUUGUGAUGAUAAAUAUAACUGGUACUAUCACACCGCCCCACAAAAACACAUGAACAAUAGGGUGAUGUACUGCCCCAGAGGAAGGGUGUGGGGAGGAUCGUCUUCUCUGAACGCCAUGGUAUACAUUCGAGGUCACGCUUAUGACUAUGACCGAUGGGAGAGAGAAGGAGCCCAAGGGUGGUCUUAUGCAGAUUGCCUGCCAUACUUCAGAAAGUCACAAACCCAUGAGCUAGGUGCUGAUGACUACCGUGGGGGGGAUGGACCACUACAUGUUAGCCGGGGCAAGACUAAUAACCCCUUAUUCCACGCCUUCCUGGAGGGCGCACAGCAAGCUGGUUACCCAUUUACUGAGGAUAUGAAUGGCUACCAACAAGAGGGUGUUGGCUGGAUGGAUAUGACAAUACACAAAGGGAUCCGAUGGAAUACGGCCAAUGCUUACCUACGACCUGCAAUACAGAGAACGAACCUGCAGGCUGACACCAGAGCACUCAUCACCAGGGUGCUCUUUGAGGGUAACAAGGCUGUCGGGGUUGAGUACCAUGCCGAUAAUCAGAUCAGAAGAGUGAGAGCAAAGAAAGAAGUCAUUAUAUCCGGAGGGGCCAUCAACUCGCCUCAGCUCCUAAUGUUAUCAGGAGUCGGAAACGCUGAGGAACUCACUCGUCUUGGGAUACCUGUGGUGGUAAAUCUCCCAGGUGUGGGUGAAAAUUUACAGGACCAUCUUGAAAUGUACAUCCAACAGGAAUGCAAAAAGCCACUGACACUGUACAGCGCUCAAAAGCUAAUGAACAUGAUUCCAAUUGGCAUCCGCUGGUUCCUAUUCCAAACAGGGCUUGGUGCUAGUGCCCAUCUCGAGGCAGGGGGAUUCAUAAGGAGCAGAGAGGGGGUACCACACCCAGACAUCCAGUUCCACUUUCUACCUUCAGGGGUAAUUGAUCAUGGAAGAACACCCAUCGACAGACAUGCAUACCAGCUUCACGUAGGGAGCAUGCGCUCUCAAAGCAAAGGUUAUGUAAAGCUGAAGUCCCCAAAUGCCUAUGAUCAUCCAAUCAUCGACUUUAACUACAUGUCAACAGAGGAUGAUUGGCAGGAGAUGCGCGCAUGCGUGAGACUGUCACGUGAGAUCUUUGCCCAGAAGGCAUUUGAGCCAUUCCGUGGGGACGAAAUGAGACCCGGCUCACAUAUCCGGACUGAUGACGAGAUUGAUGCAUUCGUGAGAGAGUUUGCAGACAGCGCCUAUCACCCUUCCUGCACGUGCAAGAUGGGUUCGGCUUCUGACCCGCUGGCGGUGGUAGACAACGCCGCACGUGUUUUCCACGUGGACAACCUACGCGUGGUUGACGCGUCAAUCAUGCCAAGCGUGGUCAGCGGUAACCUCAACGCGCCUACCGUCAUGAUCGCCGAGAAGAUCGCCGACGCUAUUCUCGGAAAAGACCCUCUGCCUCGGUCCAAGGCCCCGGUUUUCAAGACGCCCGAAAAAGGACAAAGAUGAUACUAUGCUUAGAUUAGCGUAAUAUUGUUAAAGGAAAUAUCAAAUUUUUAUGGCUCCAGACCAAGGAUUAUAAGUAAUGUCAAAUAAAAGUUCAAGAUUGUAAGUAAAUGAUUAUAAUGUCCUGUAAUAAACAAAUGCUAAAUUUA